AUUACAAAAUACUUAUUAUCGAGUUGACAAAACAAUCAGUAAAAAGUUAUAUGAGUAUCAGUAUGCAGGAAAGCCACGAAUUUAUAACAACCAGAACACCACAUCUUCACAUAUUGAUUGCUCAUGUUAUAUUAAUAUUAGCUGGCCAAAGUUAGAUUUGAACUCUCGAGUAACUACUUUUGAGCCUAAGCAUGCUAAUUAUGAUUUUAAUUCAGAAAAAACUAAAUUUACACCACUUUACCGAAGUUUACCUGAAUCAAUUAUUAAUCGAAUCAAGUUUUACAUUGACAACUCAUCUGGAAUAAUUUUUGCACAAGCAUUAUUAUCUGAUGAAACAGCAAUGUCAUAUACAUGGGUAUUUGAGCAAUUAUUAAAUGCAAAUAAUAGAAUUUUACCAUCAGUUCUUAUAAGCGAUGCAGAUACUGGAUUAAAUGCGGCAGUAAAAACUUAUUUGCUUAAUGUUAAACAUAUUCACUGCAUAUUUUAUCUUAGACAAAAUUUGGAUCGUCAUUUACAAAAAUAUCAAUCAAAUAAUUUAGACAAUUCUGAAAUUUAUAAUUCUAGUAUAGAUCAAGAAUUUUUAGAUAUUAAUGAAAACAUUUCACAUGUUGAUAUUACACAAUCUUCAACAGUUCUUGAUAUACUUAGAAAAGAAGAUCCUAUCAAUGACAUUAAUAUGAUAAUUAAUAUUUUAGAAGAAUUGUAUGAGACAGACAAAUGUAUGAAUGAAACAAAUGAGGAUAUGAAUUAUUCAAACCAAAAAGCAAUUAGUAAUCCAUAUAUGAUUAAGCCAAAAGGAAGGCCACGAAACAAAAGAUUUAAAAGCUCUGUUGAAAUAUCUAAAAAUCCUAGAAGUGGCAGUUCAAGCAAUUUUCAAAAUAACCAUAGUAAUAAUAGCAGAGGACUAAACAUGUAUAGCAAUUGUAAUUUAACUAGUCAUAAUAUUCGACGAUGUAAUGCACCAUGUAAACUAUGUAAGCAACAAGGUUAUACAUAUAUGAGAUGCAAAGGAAAAGCGAUAGAAAAUAGUUGUGCUAAUUAG